CAGCACUGAUUGUUAGAACGGCAGUUUUCGUGUGUCGAUGCGUUACUUCGAGUGGAUACAUUCCCGGCAGGGUAAUGUUAAUCGCAUUACGAUUUCGAUAACGAACAGCAGCACCUAAGUGCUAACGUAACUCGCGAUAAGUAGACCACUUUUGGUAGCCCAUCACGAAUUCUAUAGGUACCGGUAGAUUCCUUCACCUCAAGGAUGUCUGUUUUACUGCGACAGUCAUUGUCCCGCUUAACUCCGUUGUCAGCUGUGAGCUGUACGCACCUUCAGCAGCUGCACUCUCAGCAGCCAAGUGUGGACCUGUGCACAUUAACUAAAACCUCUGCAGAACAGCAAGGUCGUCUUCCAGUGGUACCUGUUUUCAGGCAAGCACUGUCUUUCCCUGCUGAAUCAAUCGCUCUGAGGGAUGCCUACGGAGAGUACACAUACCGUGGAUUAUUCCUCAGUAGCCGACAGUUAGCUGAUCAGCUUACAGACUCAUUUGCCGGAAGACGUGGUGAACGAGUUGCAUUCCUGGCUGGCAAUGAAGCAACUUAUCUUAUUAUUCAGUGGGCAUGUUGGAUGAGUGGUCAAACAGCUGUUCCUCUGAGCAGUGUGCACCCUCCACAACUGUUGGAAUACUUCAUCUCUGACAGUGAUGCAGGAGUAGUUGUUGCAACAACUGAACAUGCUGAUACUCUACGGAAAGCCGCUGGAGACAAGCGCAAAUUUAUUGUCCUUGACUCGACACUACGCACUCUUUCAUCCAGGAAAGCAGAUCAGUUGGGAAGUGAGAAUGUAACCCUACCUGAGGAAGCCCAUGAACUUAAAGGAGGUGGACAAGAACCAGAGUUUUAUGAUGACAAUGAUGCACUUUUCAUCUACACGUCUGGAACAACAGGACCUCCAAAAGGAGUUGUGUUGACUUACCGCAACCUGGAUGCACAGGCACAGUCACUAAUAAAGGCAUGGGAGUGGGCAUCUAAAGACAGCAUUCUGCAUACACUACCUUUACAUCACAUGCAUGGUGUUGUCAAUGCCCUGCUUUGCCCACUCCUAGUUGGUGCCAGAGUUGUUAUGCUACCAAAAUUUGAUGCUCCAACUGUAUGGGCGAAGCUUCUGGCAUUAAAUACAGUGGCUGCAGAAAGAGUCAACAUUUUCAUGGGUGUGCCAACUAUGUAUGUCAAGCUAAUUCAGGAGUAUGACCAUGCAUUUGGCAAUAAUGAACGCAUGAAAGAGUACAUUCAUUCUGUUUGCUCCCAAAAGAUAAGGUUAAUGGUGAGUGGUUCAGCACCAUUGCCAGCACCUAUAAUGGAACGUUGGGAAGAAAUAACUGGCCAUCGUCUUCUGGAACGAUAUGGAAUGAGUGAGACAGGCAUGAUCCUAUCAAACCCCCUUCAUGGAGAAAGAAAGCCUGGAUCUGUUGGACACCCACUUCCUGGUGUCACUGUACGGCUAAGUGAUAGUGGUGAAGUGCAGGUGAAAGGGGACAAUGUUUUUUCCAGAUACUGGAACAGGCCACAAGCCACAGCAAAAGAAUUCACAGAGGAUGGAUGGUUCAAGACAGGUGACACAGCUGUUAUAGAGGAUGGUUACUACAGACUGCUCGGUCGGACAUCAGUUGAUGUCAUUAAGACUGGUGGAUAUAAGGUGGGUGCGGUUGACAUAGAAGCCAAGCUGUUGGCGCAUCCAGCAUUGGCAGAUGUUGCUGUACUUGGUGUUGAGGACCCCACCUGGGGACAAAGGGUUGUUGCUGUAGUGGUCCCAGAAGAAAAUAAGACUGUACCAACAUUAGCAGAGCUACGUGAGUGGGCAAAAGGACAUAUGGCACCUUAUGCUAUUCCUACCCAAUUAAAAGUGAUAGAACAGCUGCCACGCAAUGCCAUGGGCAAGGUCAAUAAGAAAGAUCUUAUCAAGCAGCUGUUUCCUUCCAAAAGUACUGGAACAGCAGCGGCUGCUAAAUAGGAAUAUAUGACAGUAAAAAAUAUUGUCUGCUGAAACAAUGCACACAGAAGACUGAAAUGCUGAAGAAGUACAUAGGAAUUACAAAUUAGCAAAAAAGUGUUUUUGGGAAUAAUAAAACAGUGUACAGUAGUCUUUAAAUAAAACCUUUGAAGUAAGAAAAUUGAAAUAUUUUGAAGGAAGCUUAUAUAUGAUAGUGACUAAAACACAUGGAAUUAAAAGUUUACUAAAGAUGCAUUUCAUCAUAUUGGUGUGCCUUUCAGAAAAUUAUUUUUAUGAGCUGUUGGAAGACAUACAAAUCUUAUAUAGACCAUAAUGCCAGUUUGUUGAGAAAUUCAAACCAUAAUGCCAGUUUGUUGAGAAAUUCAAAUUACACCAUUGUUACACAGGUACAGAUAGGUUGUAAUCAAAAAAUUAGAGGUUAUGAUACUGUCAUUUUGCAAAUUUAUUUAUUCGUACAUGUGCUUUCUGGUAUGCCAAAAAGUCUUGUUUAUGGUGAAAUUUGAAAAGUUUUGUUGGUAACUGAUUAAUCGUAUGUUUUUAUGCAGUUUGCUAGGGCCAAAGUAUCAGUGAUGUACAAGACCAAUUAAGCUAUGCUGCACAUAACUUUAACAAGAUGCAAAAUUUUGCUGUACUGAAGGAAUUUAACAUAAAUUAAUACUGCUCAGGGAAAGUAGAGAUUAAAGUAGAAAAGUAGGUUGUUGUUACUUUGAGAUUGCUUUAACAACUUUCUAAUGUUUAUUUAUUAUGGUACCAUGAUUUAAUAUGUCACUAUAGUCUUAAUUAAUGGCUUUAAAAAUGUUAUAAUUCCAUAUUUUAAAGACUGAAAAUAUGUAAGCAUUGGAUGUGAGAUGUGAAUACGUAAGCCUGAAGGAAACGUUGUUUCAUAGUGAUUUUUAUGGAACAUCAUUGUGUAUGUUUUGUGGUGUGGCUAAUGUCCUAAUGUAGCAUUUUUUCCCCAAUGUUAAACUUCCUUUUUCUUUUCUUUCUACUUUUUUCUUCAACUUUCAUUAAUUGUUGGUCAUAUUAGUGCAAGUAAUACAGUAUGUGGGGGAUAUUAUUACUUACUAUAGGUGGUAUUCAUUUGUUCCAGUUCAUUACUAUUAAUAUUAGUGCUUUAGUUAUGAUAAAUGGAAGCCAUUAGUGGGAUAUAAAUUAUGUUUUAGAGAGCAGACUAAAACAUACCUAUAAGAUGAAAGUUUUUUAAAGUAGAGAGAAAUGUGUGGGACAAACACAUAUGAGAUGUAAAGAGGAACAUGUGUAGGAUGAAAAACACACACACACACACAUUUUUGUGGAACAAUCUAACACUUGGUACUUCACCUUAAAGGUGUGUUUAUUAAUUGUUAAUUAUCCAAUUAUCUAUUAUUUACAUCCCUCUGCUGCCCAUUUUAAUGUGCUUUACAUAUUUUAUUGUGUUAAAAAUCAUUUAUGUUAACUUAUUCUGCCAAAAUAAACAUUGCACUUUUGAAAAAUGCUCCAAUGUAGCAGACAGUUUUUCUAUGUGUGUUCUCUUUUCAUUCAUAUCACAACUUACAUUGGAUUUUAAAUUAUGAGCUUCAAAUGUCUUACAAAGACGUAUGUGGUGUGCUCUGUGUACAUAGGUUUUUGCACAGUACUCUGACACAAAACAGAGAGAAAGCAACUGUCCUUUUGGUGAGAGUGGAUUCUUGUUGACUUUUCCCAGUGUAAAGCGCUAAUAAGAAUAUUAUAAGUCAACAUUCCAUUCUGGUUAGAGUAAUUUGUUUGUGUGCAGUUUCUUAUAUGUCUCUUCUAUCAAGUUGUCUCCAUGACAUCUAUAUCUUCCCAU